CAUACUUAGACAAUGAUAUGAAAAGUUGUUGCGUAUUGCGAAGCCAAUUUGUAAUGUUGUGAUUCAUUUGGCGGUACAUCACAGUAGUUCCCAUCAUGCUUGCAUCGGCAACACUCACGAAACACUCGCUUUCGAAUGCGAUCCAACUUUUGCACAUGCACGCCGACAGGAUGACCUUCAUCCGUCGUUCAACGGACCAUCCGAACAUCAAGAUUGGGGUAAGAAAAAUUAAGUACGCACUGAAUAGUUAUGCGGAUCGUGUUUAAUUCAAUUACUUCAACAAGAGCCGACA